AUGCUGAACCUGCGCGCGAACAACCUCCUCACGCCAGCAACCCUACUCGCCCUCACGACCGCUCGCAAUGGCACCAAUACCCCGAGACGACCAUUCCAUACCACGCAAUACCGACCUUCCAAGGCCCGCCGUGAAUCUGCAAGACCAGCGCCCGCCCUACGGAGGAAGAAGAAAGACUCUGAAGCUGGGAAUGACGCCGUCCGGUAUGCCGCAGAUGGUGUCGGUCUACUAAACACGAAAGGCUUCUAUAUGGACUCUAUCUCAGUGAAAACCGAAAAACUCAUCCCAGUUUUUAAGACACUAUCACAAUCUAUCUACGACGAGGCAAGUGUUGAUGGUCUUCUUCCCGGUAUCAGUUUCCGGACAUUCGAGGACACUGCUAUCAAGAUCUUCAAGAGUAUUCAAGGGAAACCGAACCCGCAUAUCAUUCGGUCGAUUUCAACGGAUGUCGAUGCCGUCUUUCGCAUUGGAUUCCUCGCCUCCAUUAUACAUGGCUCCAUUGCUGAAUGGAUCAUCUCCGCAUGUGCGCUGGCAGGCGCACGCCAGCCAAUCGUCCUAUCUCUGGCCAGGUCGGUCACUUGGACACAGAACACCCCGCGCACCAAAUGGACGGACUUGGUCGAGCAAUUCUCAGACGAAGGGUUUCCACCCGCGAUGAUCCUCCAUGCCAAGAUCCUCGGUAUGCGCGGGGAGUAUGAGAAAGCCUUUGAGCUGAUGGAAAAGCGAGUGCUGCCAUUCCUCCAACCAACACGCCGAAAGCCUACCCUCUUCCUCGAUAUCGCCAUGGGCGGGGUGUUUGAAUCCCCAUGGCGGGUAUACGCGCUACUUCAUGCAUCGUACGACGCACAAUUUGACUCGCCAGAGAGUCGACAGAAAUCAGAUGAUGCAACUCGCAUUGCGGCACUAGAGUAUAACGAGCCAGAGGCGUUGAUCGAGUAUGCCUCGCUUAUGAUGAAUGAGAAAAACUACGAUAAAUACGAAGAAUGCAUGUGCAAGGCUGCUACGUUCGGGGAGCCAAAUGCCAUCCUAUACAUUGCCAACUACUACUACCACAUCUUCCAUGGCAGAUACCCCACAGCCGGGGAACGAAUCGCCCUCGCCAAUGCCGAAGCCCAGGGCCUACCACCGCCUACUAUCCCAACACCCCCUUCCACAUCCGAGACCAAACAAAAUUCCACCAUUUUCACGGCCGCGUUGGACUGGGCCUCGUCAUUCUUCAAUCAAUCCAUUCCCCGCGAGGACUACCGCAAACUAGCGAUGGACUGGUACGCCUUGGGCUAUCACUCUGGUAUCCCCCAGGCUACGUUCAUGUUAGCUCUGAUGGCUCGUGAACAAGGAGAUGAACUUGAUGGGAGUAUCUUCAUGGACUAUGCCAGUCAGGACUUGGAGAAGGACCCUGAGUUUGCGAAGAAGAUCCAGGAGUUGAGGGAUAAUUGGUAUGAUCCGAAGUACGUGCCUAGACUUUCGAGUAAGAUGUUGGCCGUUCGGUAG